AUGUCGGACUUAUCUCUGAACAAUGUUGAUAACUUGGAAAGAAUUCUGCAAGAUAUUCAAAGGAAGAACUGGGAGAAGAAAAAAGAGGAAGAAGCUACUGCUAACUUGAUCAAACAGCUUCAAAUCCAGGAUGAGAAGGACAGGUUGGCUAAUCUAGCCUCAAAACCUCCCCAGAAACCUGUCAAACCAGUUCAGAUCAUUACAAAGAAGGUUGGUGGAUGGGAGCACCCCCCGAAAUACGACGCAGAUGGUUUCCAGGUUGUUCAAAGAAAACGGUCCAAUCAAUCUCAGGUCUGGAGUAAGGAGUUCCCCUCCCUGGAGGCCCAGGAGCAGUUUGAUCCCACAACGACCAACGCCAGGAUCAGGAGACUUAAUAAACAGGAGAGAGCUAUGAAGGAGGAGCUGGAUCAGAUUGAUGAGGAGAAGAGACAGCUCCAGAAGGAUCUAAACCUCUGGGAGUCUAAGAAGAGAGAAAAUGAAACAAUAGAGAAAAUGAUAAAGCACCAGGAGGAGAGCAGGAAGAUCAGGUUGGUUAGUCAGGAUCAAGUUCAAGCUCCUGAACUAGGUCUGAUACAGCCUCAGGUUCCAGAAAAUCUGUGCGAGCUGAUGUCUGCAACACAUCAGAAGAAGGUUCGAGCAGAGAUCAAGAGAAGUGUUAGAGAGAUAACUUCUCUUCAGGAGAGACUGAACAGUUUGAAGGUGAGGAGAGAAAAUAUCAAGGAUUAUGAGAAUGAAAGGUCUGCUAUGGGAUCCGAACUCAAGGAGAGAAGAAUGAUGAGUGAGAUGUUGGAGAAGCAAAACUAUGUAAAGGAAGGAGGAGUUGUAGUUCUUCAGGAACUGAUCCAUGUAAGUGUAGUUCACCAGGAACUGAUCAAUCUUCAAAAUGGACAGCAAGGACUGAAGAGACAGAAGAACCUGAGUGAGAACUCUGACGAAGUUCUAGCUUUAGGGAAAAAAGCUGUACUGGAGAAUACUAGAUUCAACUCGAAACCCUGGCAGCAGGCUUCCAUCAACAAAAAGAAGAAAUGAAUCUGGAAUUAAGUAAACGAGUUUCUCGACAACUCACCUUCUGAAAAUUUGAUAUUAUUGUGAAUUAGCCAAAUUAUUUCUGCAUGCGCGCGCAUUAUUAUUCAAGUCAAAUAUGUUAACUAUUUUUUUUUAUAACCCUGUGAAUACUUCUUGAUUUUUUUUAUGAAACUUUCGAUUUUUUAUUAUUAUGUACACUGUACAGCAGUUCAAAUUAAUGAUACCAUUACUUGCUUAAUAGUUUGCAAGCUGCUUUUUUGUAAAUAAAAGUAUGUAAAAUGUAAAUUGAACCAGAAUAAAUUAUUUGUCGUGA